CCAACCGUUGGCAUAAGCCUCCUGAUCUCCCUCCUCCAUCCAUACUAAUGCAAACCGAGAUGUCUACCGUGUGUUACUAGUCUCUCUCCCUCACUUUGGUUCUCACACUUUCUCCAGAUGAGCUCUGUACAAGAAAUAUAGACCAUGCCACUCUUAGCCACAAAAAUCAAGUUCAUCACCAAAUUCCGAUGCCUUUGGUGUUCAUCUCGUAGAUUCCCUCCACCAGGAGACUCGUUUUGAGGUUGCCUACCUUCUUGACAUGGUGCUGCAUCAUGGAGUCUCUGUUGGCCGCGUUGUCGUUGUUCCGCCGGCCAUGGCAAUGACGUCGUCGUUUUCAUCGGAUAGCAAGCCGGAGAAUUCUUCUACGAUGACGACCCGGGCGGACUUCUGCUUGUCUGCGACGACCGGCGCUAGAAAAUUCUGCUACUCCAUGGACUGGAAGGUCUUCCUCGACGUCUCCAUCAAAUCCCAUACAUGCACCGCCAUCUUCUACAUCACCAUUGAUCAUCAGCGCACCAUUGUUCGUAUGGAGAUUGACGUGUUUUGUUCAAAGAAAAGAGAACACUCUUCGACUAUAUCAAAAAGGGACUAG